AUGACGACCAUUCCAAGCCGUCUGGCCCAGACCACACAGAUCUCGAGAACACUCGAGGAGGCACGAAAGCGCUCCACCGCGCUCUACCGCAACUUCUACCGAUCCGCCCCGGAAAUCUGCGCACUUUACGCGCUCGACGUUCCCUCUUCGACACUUCGCGCCAAGUUCCGAACGCAAUUUGAGAAGAACAAGACAGUCAAGGACCUUGCGGUGCUCGACUUGAUGCUUCUCAAGGCGCAGCAGGAAUACCAGGAGACGAUGAACGGUUGGAAGCAGAUCCCUCACAUCAUGAAGUGGUUCGCUGAGGAGGAGGCACCGGCACGACCGGAAGGCUUCUUGGACAAGUUCUAUGCCUCUCGAGACGAGGGACGUGGACCCGUUGGUACUGGUAUUUAA